AUGGAGGCGGGCCCGGUCGCCGCCGAGGGAAACGGACCCACGGCUGUGAUCCUGCCGCUCGGACCCUCGCGCGCUCGUGGGGAAUACGGGGUGCUUUGCAUUCAGGAAUACAGGAAAAGCAGCAAAGUGGAGUCAAGUGCACGGAGCACCUUCAUGGGCCUGAAGGAGCACUUGGGACAUGACCUUGGCCACCUUUAUAAGGAGAGCGCUGACCCACAGCUAAGUGCAGCUGUGCCUUGGCCUAUGGUAGAGAAGCCAACAAUGGAUACAGUCAGUGCAGGGAAGGAAGAAAAAGGGCUGUCUGAAGCGAACGUGAGCUCUGGUGACUCUGAGGAAAGCACGACUUCUGAUCAUGAGUCAGAACAACUGAGUAGCCUUUCAGUAGAGCCAUGCUUAUUAACCAAGACUCACAGACAGUUAUGUCGUUCUCCCUGCUUAGAGUCUCACCUACUGAAACACAGUGACAUUUUGCAAGACUUUAAAUUAGAAGAGUCCCAGACUCCAUCCAAGGAAGUGAAGAAAGCCCCUGAUGUGGUUCGAGAAUACCAAACAAAACUGGAGUUUGCACUUAAGUUAGGUUAUUCUGAAGAACAGGUCCAGCUUGUGCUAAACAAACUUGGUACUGAUGCUUUAAUCAAUGAUAUAUUGGGAGAACUUGUCAAACUUGGAAAUAAAAGUGAAGCUGACCAAACAGUUAGUACUAUUAACAGCGGAAUGCGAGAAACAUCAUCCCUGGAAUCGCAGAGGUCGGAAUCUCCAAUGCAAGAGAUUGUAACAGAUGAUGGUGAAAAUCUGAGACCAGUAGUUAUUGAUGGAAGCAAUGUGGCAAUGAGCCAUGGAAACAAAGAAGUAUUCUCAUGCCGAGGAAUAAAAUUGGCAGUGGAUUGGUUUUUGGAAAGAGGCCACAAAGAUAUAACGGUCUUUGUUCCUGCUUGGAGAAAAGAGCAGUCCCGACCUGACGCCCUCAUCACAGAUCAGGAAAUUUUGCGUAAACUAGAGAAGGAAAAAAUCCUGGUAUUCACACCAUCACGGCGUGUCCAGGGCAGGCGAGUGGUGUGCUAUGAUGACAGGUUCAUCGUGAAGCUGGCUUUUGAGUCUGAUGGUAUAAUUGUGUCCAAUGAUAACUACAGAGAUUUGGCAAAUGAAAAACCAGAAUGGAAGAAGUUCAUAGAUGAACGGUUAUUGAUGUAUUCCUUUGUCAAUGACAAGUUCAUGCCCCCAGAUGACCCUCUUGGCAGACAUGGCCCAAGCCUGGAUAAUUUUCUGAGGAAGAAACCUAUUGUUCCUGAGCACAAAAAGCAGCCUUGUCCCUAUGGAAAGAAGUGUACGUAUGGACACAAGUGCAAAUAUUACCACCCAGAAAGGGGCAGUCAGCCUCAGCGGUCAGUGGCUGAUGAACUUCGUGCCAUGUCUAGAAACACAGCAGCCAAAACUACAAAUGAAGGGGGACUGGUGAAAAGCAACAGUGUUCCUUGCAGCACCAAGGCUGAUAGCACUUCGGAUGUUAAACGAGGUGCUCCAAAGAGGCAGUCAGACCCAAGCAUACGGACUCACGUCUACCAAGACAUAGAGGAAAAGCUUCCCACCAAAAACAAGUUGGAAACCAGGUCUGUACCUUCCUUAGUCAGUAUCCCGGCCACUUCUACUGCAAAACCCCAAAGCACUACAUCUUUAAGCAAUGGCCUUCCAUCUGGAGUUCAUUUCCCACCUCAGGAUCAAAGACCACAGGGACAAUACCCUCCAAUGAUGAUGGCAACCAAAAAUCAUGGAACGCCAAUGCCUUAUGAACAGUAUCCAAAAUGUGACUCCCCUGUUGAUGUUGGAUAUUAUUCCAUGUUGAAUGCAUAUUCUAAUCUGAGUAUCUCAGGCCCCCGAAGUCCUGAAAGGCGUUUCUCAGUAGACACUGACUAUCGAGUAAAUUCUGUAGCUUCAGACUGCAGCAGUGACGGGAGCAUGAGCUGUGGGAGCAGCGACUCGUAUGUGGGGUACAAUGACCGGUCCUACGUCAGCUCUCCUGACCCGCAGCUAGAAGAGAGUCUCAAGUGUCAGCACAUGCACCCCCACAGCCGCCUUAAUUCCCAGCCCUUCCUACAGAAUUUCCAUGAUCCCUUAACCAGAGUUCAGAGUUACAGUCAUGAAGAACCAAAGUUCCAUCACAAGCGUCCUCUUCCACACUUGGCUAUGCAUCUGCAGCACCCCGCCGUGGGUGCCCGCUCCAGCUGUCCUGGGGAUUACCCCUCUCCACCAAGUUCAGCACACUCUAAGGCCCCACACCUAGGGAGGUCCUUAGUGGCCACGAGAAUAGACAGCAUUUCUGAUUCUCGACUCUAUGAUAGUUCUCCUUCAAGACAAAGAAAGCCUUAUUCUCGCCAGGAAGGCCUAGGAAGCUGGGAUAGGCCAAACUAUGGGAUGGAUGCGUACAGCUAUCGGCAGACUUACUCCUUACCCGAUAACUCCACACCCCCGUGCUAUGAGUCGAUCACCUUCCAGAGCCUGCCUGAGCAGCAGGAGCCCACCUGGAGAAUCCCCUACUGUGGAAUGCCACAUGAUCCUCCGAGGUACCAGGACAGCCGUGAGAAGAUUUAUAUCAAUUUGUGCAACAUCUUCCCCCCUGACCUUGUGAGGCUCGUCAUGAAAAGGAAUCCUCACAUGACAGAUGCCCAGCAGCUUGCCGCAGCCAUUUUAGUGGAGAAAUCGCAGCUGGGUUAUUGAAAAGAUGAUGCAUCUUUGUGGUGUUGAGUAGUUUUUUGUUCAGCUCAGUUGCUGAGGGAGGUUUGCUACAAUAGCACAUGUGAUCUCCUUCUCAGCAGGGAGGUUAUAUAGUAUCCAUUUAUGUGAAAUACUGUAUCAUGGAAUCUGUAUGGAACCCCACUUGGUGGACUUAUCACGGGAUUGCUUUACAUUCAAACUUUUUUUUUUUUAACAUUUCCUUUUUAAAGCUAUACACUUGGCUGGAAGUUUCUCCAGUUUGAUUUAAUAGAUGUAUCUGUGAUCUUUGAUAUUCCUCUUUGGUGCAUCAGGGGUUUAUAUGCAGCACUUUUUAUCCUUGUUUCCUGUCCUGUUAACUUGGUGUUUGUCUGUCAACUGCAAGCAAUUGCAGUGUCUCCAGAAUGUGGAGGUACUGGACUAGACCUAGCAAACUAUUUCCUCAAGCCAAGCUUAACUAGAAUCCUUUACAGCUUUUUAAGUUAUUUUUAUUUGGGGAAAGUGGGCUUCUUUGUGCUAUAAUCAUUAUUUAUAGAAACAAAGAUAUACUACAGCACUGACUUUAUAUUUAAAAAAAAUAUAUGUUUCCAGUUAUGUUAAAAUGGUAAUAGUACAUAUUAGAGUGAUUCCCAGUAUGGCACUUUUUAUUUUAUUUUUGUUUGGAUGUUUCCUGUUAAGAAAAUUAGUUAUUUUAAAUGGUCAGUUUAAAAGAAAGCAGAUGCAAUCAAUGGAAAAAAGUUUCCAUUUUUUUUUUUUUAAAGAAUAAGGCAAAAGCUGUAACUGUUACAGGUUAAAGCUUUGCUUUCCAGCUAAAAUGUGCUUUUUGACAGUAGAAAUGGGAGUGCAGUCCUUGAUUUCCAUUAACAUGUAUUUUUAAUCUCUGUCUUUUUGUGGGAGGCACAGUACUGGAUGAAUAGCCCUUUCUCAGUACUUGCCUGUUUUUAAUGAAUCCAAGUAUUCUCAAUGCAGCUUUUAUAUUUAAUACACUCUAGCUUUCCCGCUAUUUAUUGAGGCUGGCCUGAGGUGGUCUGAUGUGUUGAGAAUAUGCAACAUUUACUGAUACUGCACUGUAGAAAUGACAACAGAGGACUUGUAAAUGGUAACUUAAAGUUUUUGUAAGAUAUUGUAUAUUUUCCAUUUUCCUGAAGGUAGUUUUUUGGGGGGCCUGUUAUAUUAUUAAGGCCAGACUCUUGCCACAAAUAGUGUAGUUUUAGAUACAGACUAAAGUCUGUUCUAGUAUUAGUAAGGGAUAUUUCUGGUUGCAUCAUGGGUUUUGCUUGCUGUAGUGACCUUUCUGAGCAUCGGGAGAUUGAUUUAUGGUCAGUGCAGACAGUGUUGUGAUGGACAGAAGCUGCCUCUGAUUGUACUUGUUGCAAGGACAAGUCCAGCUCUGGUCCUGUAGUCAGCCUGGAUGCUCUGACCUAGAUGUUCCUGCAGUCUCAGAGGCAACACCCUGAAAACCAGAAAGUACCUUUUACUGUUGAUACAAAUUGUAUCUUUUUAACAAUAAGAACUAUUUUGAUUUGUAGAUCUAGUUAAAAACACAAAUGUGUAACUAUAAUUAGACUUUUG